CAAUAUUAUUAUUGCUUGUAUGUCUAAUAGUGAGGGAAGGCGGUUCUCUGUGUGAAGCGGGCCCCAUUCUGCAGUCUGUGGUCUCCCAAAGUCCAAAUGAGUUUGGGGGUAUGAUUAUGUCUGCCGAUCAUAAAUCAAACCUCUCUCUAUUUCUAUACACUCCUACCUCUCUUUCUCACACUCUAUCUUUCUUGCUAUAUAUCUAAUUUUAUCUAAUCUGUCUAUUCAAUCUCUGUCUCUAAUCUCUCACUCUAUUUUUUGCUAUCUAAUUUAUCGAUCAAUGUAUAUAGUCUAUCUGUCUCUGCGAGCUCCCUGGGUUUCAUAUCUAUCUAUUUAUCUUACAUUUCUGAGGAUAAACUACCCUCCUCACAAUAACACAUGUAAAAACUUUAAAUUUUGCCUUCCCCUGACCCAACCUUCCGGCAUUAGAGACUGCAAAUCUGAUUUAAACUUUUUAACAUGACAGGACUGAGUUUAGAAAUAAUUGCCCGAUUGAUUUCUCUGUUAAUAUUCAUUUAUUGGUCCAUAGGCCAGGGUUAUUUAAUUUUUUUUUCUUCACGUUAUUGCUGCUGAAAAAAAUAAAUAAUCAGAAGCAAUAAGAUUAGGAGGGAAAUUUCACUCAAUUGAAAUUUCAGGCUCAUAUGAAAAAUACUUAGCAAUAGUUAAAACUAAAUAAUGACUUUCAUUAAGAUUUAAAUUCUUAAAUGCCUACGUCGCUGUUGAAAAUUGAGUUUAGGUUUAUAGAUCACUUAGUUGCUUUUGAAAAUUGUACCUAUUUGUCUAAUGGACAACUCUAAUAGAAUUCAGUAAGCAUUUUUAAAGACAGAGACAAAUAUUUCAUGUUUUGUUACCACGGGGGAAAUUAUUAGAAAGCUUUUUUUGGUAAUUAUUAAGCUAAUAAAUGUUACGGGGAAGAUUAGUUGCCUGUCAUAUUUGCCCUGGAAAAUCUCCCCCAUAACUUUGAUUACAUGCUUCAUUUUAAAGAUUAAUCUAACAAAAGAUCUAUUUUCCUCUGAUGGUGCAAACCACGUAAUUAUUCUCUAUACGGACCUGGGGGCUUUCAAUGCACUUUAGAUCAAACUGGGAUUGUCAAAGAGGUUUAAGGGGUUAGAUGUGGAACUUCCAAUGCCUUUCAUGUCCAAUUCAGCCUCAGUCCAUUAUAAAAUGGAUGCUGACAAUUAUUAAUACUUUUAAAAAAGAAAGAGAUUUUUGACACUCUCACUCCCAUUAAGUAGUACUUUACUCCUGGAGCAGUCAUGUUCAAAUCAGCAAGACCACUGCUGGAUUAAAGUGCUACUCAGUGUGUCUCCGAAUCUGAAUUCACAAUAAUGAAUAAAAUAAAAUAAAAGUGUUCCUUGAGUGUAGAACCAAGAUGGCCGAUUCUGGCCUACAGGGGCCUUGGGUGGUUUAGCCUCCAGCUGGCAGAGGUUCGUUUUUCAGUUCCGUUUAUUUUUAGACCAAUGUGUCCUUAAAUAGCCUUUCUGGUUUCAAAAACAUCACCCCCUUGGAGUCAGUUUUGCAUGAUAGGCCAGAAGGUUUCAGACAACAAAGUCACAUCUGUUGGGUGUGAAAAUAAAAUCUUAGCAGGUGGCAGAGAUCAACAUGUUGAUAAAAGUCUUGAGCUAAAUUAAGCUAUUGUUGUUUUCACUAGACAAUACUGGCUACAUCUCCCUGCAAAUGACUUUCAAUGAUUAUUAUUUUGCACAAAUCUACUGCUUUGUAUUAAACAAGAAUAAUUUCAUUCUACUUUCCUCGAUGAUCUUUUAUUAAAGGAGAAAAAUAGAUUAGCAAUUUCUUAGUUAAUCUUCCUUUUCAGAGAAUAAUUUAUUUGUGAUUUCCUAGUCUAUCUUAUAAUGAACAAGAGGAAUAAUAAAAUCAUAGAAAUGUAGGGCUGGAAGAGAAAUCAAGGGAUCUAUUCCCCACCCAGCCGCCCCCAAUGCUGAAACAAGAUUGAUGGUUUCACAAUCUGUGUAGUAGUUUGUUCAUUUAGUUAUUUAAAGUUUUCUAACAGGAAACCUGAGGGAAGUUUUGCUAGGAAUUUGUGAGCAUGUUAAGUUGAAAAAUAGAUAUUACUAUUUAGCCAGAUUUAUAAUUAAUGCAAUUAGAUAAAUGUACACACUUUAAUGCAGUCUAAUUUUAACCAAUAGUAUCAGAUUUAUCUAUAAAUUUGAAUGAAAUAAAAGUAAUUAGAUUGAUCAAAAACUUUAAUCUAAAAUAGAAUCUUAAAUCAAUAAAAAUAGCCUAAUUGUAUUUUUAGUCAUAGAAUUAAUUAGAUUCAUUAACAAACUUUAAUCCAAUAGAAUUCAAUCUAUAAAAUUAAUUAGAUUGAUAAACAAGCUUUAAUCCAAUAGAAUUUUUUAUGAGUAGAAACCAAAAACCAUCAACAAACAUUUAAUAAAUUAUUUGAUUUUAAAUUUGAUAUCGAAGACCCACCACUGAAAGAAAAUAAACCUGCAUUUGCUUUAAAUGAAGUUCAGUGGCAGAUAUUUUAUCAUUUUCCAAAUCAAAACUUUAUGUGAUGUUAAAUCAUAUACAAGUUAUGUCAAGGAAAAUUAUUUUAAUUGAGAAUUUUUUUAAUAACUUUGUGUUUCAUGAAAAUAUUAGAACAUGUAUUCAAACCCCAAUUCAAUUUUAAAGAGAAUAUUAUCAGCCAUGCACUUCCAUUUGAGAUAUUUUUACCAAGCCGUAAAAAUUACUUGGAAGACAAGAGAUAUUUAAGAAAAAAUAUCUACGAGGCAAUUAAUUAAUCCGUCAUUGGAAAUGGAAUGUCAAGAAAGACAUAAAAUGGCAUCUCAACAGAGACUCAAUUGCGACCCGCACAACGCCCUCCGUCUUCCCCCUGGUUCCCUGCUGCAGCAAGACCGGCAAUGCGCCCCCGGACACCAGCUUGGCCUGCCUCGUAACUGGCUAUUUGGCGUCACCAGUGGACAUCAAGUGGAAUUCUGGCCAAGUGACCAAGGGGGUCAAAACUUUCCCAGAGGUGACGAUGAGCAAUGGGCUCCACACCCAGAGCAGCCUGCUGAUCCCCUCUGACAGUUCCCGGCAGGGCGACCCCUACCAGUGCGACGUGACGCUUCAAGGCUCAGCAAAGACAGUGUCCGGGAAGUUCCCUCAGGAAUUGUGUGGUUCGGCAAUGCCACCCCAGGUUCACCUCCUGGUCCCCACCUGCGAGGACAGCGCCACAGAGAGCCAGCUAGAGCUGGUUUGCCUCCUCCUGAGCUUCAGACCCGGGAAAGCCGACGUGAAAUGGCUGGUGAAUGGAAAGGAGAGGACCCCCCCCACCCCAGCCUUUUCCUCUGCAAUGGGCACAGAUGGCUCCUACAUGGGGCAGAGCCGCAUGACCGUCACCAGGCAGAGCUGGGAGAUGGGGGACGUCUACACCUGUCAAGUGACCCAUCCAGCAGGGGGAACAGAGCUCUCCAUGCACAACACCAGCAAGUGCUUGGCCUGCCUCAGAAGUUCACUUGACCCAACCAUCUACUUAACCAAACCCUCCUAUGAAGACGUCAUCAAAAAUUCUGGUCAUGUUACCUGUUUAGUUUUGGGUUAUGACUUAGCAGCCAGCAGAAUCGCAUGGAAAGUGGGUGGGCAAGUCAGUUCUGCGGCGAAGACAGAAACUCUCAAGAAGAACAGCAACGGGACCACCAGCCUUGUCAGUUCUCACCCUGUGUCACUGGCCCAAUGGGGACAAGGCACCAUAUUUACCUGCAAAGUGACCACACUCUGUUCUGGAGAACUAUCCCAGGACAUAACCAUGAGCAAUACAGGCACCAGUAAGAAGGAGCCCUCCGUCACCAUCUCCCGAGCCUACCAUGAAGACAUUUCUGGGAACAGAGUCUCCUUGACUCUCAUCUGCGAAGCUAGUGGCUUUUACCCUGAAGAGAUCAGCAUCUCAUGGUUGAAGAACAACUCCCCGGAACUCAAGUCCAGUUACAACAAUGGCCCUGUGUCAGGAAGUGACACUUUCUCUGCCUACAGUGUCCUGAAGGUUGACAAAAGUAGAGGAGCAGUAAAUUACACCUGUGUGGUGCAUCACCCGGCCAUGGAAGAGCCCAAGAGAGUUGUGGAAAAGGUGUCCCUCGCCCCAACCAAUCCACAGACACCCACAGUUGAACUCCUGCAGUCCAUAGACUUGGAGAAGAAAACUGUGACAUUGAAGUGUAUUGCAUAUGACUACAGGCCCAAAGGAGUGACAAUCAAGUGGCAAGGAAAGCUACAACCUGCAAGUGAGCAAAGGAUGGAGGAUGGUACAUACAGAGCCAGCUUUGAAACAACUGUGGACAAAUGGGACGAAGAGGCAAAUUACACGUGUGAGGUGGAGCAUAAAGAGACAGGGGGAAAGGUGACCAAGAAGACCGUCGGCAAAGACUGGAUGCUCCCCAGUGCCCCCACAGUGACACUCCACAUCCUGCCUGCCUGCCCGAGCCCAGGAGCCAGUGACACUGUCACCUUGCUCUGUUCCGCCCGUGGCUACUACCCCCGGGGCCUGCAGCUGACCUGGCGGGCGGGUGGGAAGGAGAGAGAGGGCACCCAGGUCGGACUCCUCCAGCGGAAAGAUGGAAGAUUCAGCUCCUCCAGCAACCUGACCAUGUCCCAGGCGGAGUGGGAUGAGCUGGGGGAGUACAGCUGCCAUGUGACCCACCCUGGGACCGGUAGCACCCAGCUCAGCACUACCAGCAAGUGUGCAGCCUGUCAGGGGAGCAUCCCCCUGCCAAACCUGUACCUCCUCAAGCCAUCCCUGGAAGCCUUGCUCACUCGAGGCGAAGCCCUCCUGACUUGCCUGGCAGUGGGCUAUGAGCUGGGCCAAGCAAGACUCACCUGGGAACUGGACGGUGCCAACUGGACUGCCAACGCCACCGUGGGAGAAGCCAAAAAUCACAGCAACCAGACCCAGAGUCUCCUGAGCCACCUAGCCAUCCCCAGGGGAGUCUGGGACUCCGGGAGAAACAUCCUCUGUAGAGUGACUCAUCCCUGCUCUCUGUUCAAGGGCAUGGAGGAGACCAUCCAGAAGUUCAGGGGUGCCAGCAUAGCCAAGGCUCCUUCGGUAUCCCUCGUUAUCCCAUCGCCAGCACAACCCAGCCCCAACGCUGAGGUGUGGCUCACCUGUGAGGUCUCUGAUUUCUUCCCAUCUGAAUUGCUCAUUGAAUGGAAAAGGGACAACCACAGCAUUGAGCCCUCUGGAUACAUUACUCUUCCCCCAGUGGCUAAAGAGAGGAAUUCAACCUUCUCUACCCAAAGCUACCUGAAAAUCCCAGUGUCUCAGUGGGAAAGUGGGGCUGUAUAUACCUGCUUGGUAGGCCAUGAGUCCUUGCCGUCUAUGCACUACACCAGCAGGACUGUGUUAGAUUUCCUGGAGCCAUCUCCCCCAACAGUCACAGUCUUCCAUGCACCAGACAUAGAUGGGCAUGAGAAUCUGACCUGCUUUGCCACCGGCUUCUACCCAAAGCACCUGGACAUGCAAUGGACUUUCAACAAGCAGCACCUCAAUUGCAGCUCUCCCUCCUCUCCAACGGCCCUGGGAGACGGGAGGUUCCAGCAGAGCUGUCAGCUGGUGCUCAGGGCAGCCGAAAGUAGCACGCUGAAGGCCUACACCUGCACUGUGAUCCAUAGCUCCACUAACACGACCCUGGAGAAGGCACUGCACUCUACUGGCUGCUGGGAACCAGAAUUGCUGUCCGCCUACAAUAUACAGCCCCCAUCUUUGAAAGAGCUUUUCAUGAACAAGAUGGCUGCUGUGACAUGCAAGACCUCCCUGGCCAAUGCCAGCAUCAAUUGGACAAUGGACGGUGAGCUGGCGGACCUGGGAGCUGUGAGGAUGGAGCAACUCAACGGCAGCAUCUGGCUGCAAAGUUGGCUGCAGGUCAACCUGAGUGAAUGGAACUCCACCGAGACCGUCAGAUGCCAGAUCAAGAGUGACCUGUCGGAGCAUGUGCUGGGCAUCAGCCCAAAGAACGGUUCCCUGAAGGCUCCAGCUGUCUACAUUCUGCCCCCAUCCUCAGAGGAAAUCUGCAGCAACCAAAACCUCACUCUUCACUGCAUCGUCAAAGACUUCUACCCCGGUGAGAUCUCCAUCUGGUGGCAAGAGAAGACAGCCCAGGCUGAGGUCGACAUUCCGGCUGAUAACGAGAACCACGACUGUGACCAUAACAGCCAUCAGUGCUCAGUGAUCAGCAAGCUUGAGGUGUCCAGGAGCAAAUGGAUUCUGGGGACUUCCUACAGCUGUCUAGUCGCCCACCUCUCCUCUGAAGGGAUUAUAGCAAGAAGUGCCAAUGUCCAUACUGAGUCCUGGCACUGCUCCGUCCUGGGCAUCAACCCCUGCAGCAUCAGAGAUGACAGCAUGGAUGACUACAGCGAGCUGGACGAUGCCCAAUGCGUCUGGACCACGGUCUCCACCUUCAUCGCCCUCUUCCUCGUCACGCUCUUCUACAGCGGAUUCGUCACCUUCAUCAAGGUGAAAUAGGUACCACUUUCUCCACACAGUGAAGAAGAAGGGAUGGGAUCCAAUCUGUCCCUCUGUUUGCAGUUCUUUUGCCCACUUCCAUUUUCUUGCCUAUCCAUGGCAGCUGGCCUGACCUACGGGGUAGAUCAUCUGGCCAUGGUGAUCUCCCAUUACUUCCAGAGACACAUGAAGAAAGAACAUCAAAGAAAGGCCUUCACUGUUCCCCGCCCUUUUUAUGAAGGCCAAGAACUAUCCACACUCCAAGCUAAGGGAGAGAAAGGGGGUAAAUCCAUCUCCCAAAAAGAUUCUGUUGAUAGAAAGUUCUCUGUUCCUACCCUCAGCCUCACCAGAUCAGCUCCCUAACACCUCAGCAAAUUACCUGAGCUCCCUAUGUGCUGCUAAUCUUAUUCUCCACUACCCCUCCUGAGAGUCUUAGGGGGUCACAGUUGAGAACACAAUACACCCCCCAUCUUUCACGGGGCUUCUAAGGUGGAAAACAAACCCCUCUCCAUUCAAGGUUGCCAAGGGCCCUGGUACCUCCUAGGGUAAUACAUACAUACCCCUAGUCCUACCACAGAGAUGGAGCCAGUUGCAACAAUCUGCGUCCAGAAAAAGCCAGCCCACAGCCACUCCACACUAUCCAACCUCACAAGAAUUCAUCCUCGUUCUGUUUCCCCACCCAAGCCUCCGAGAGCCAAACCUAAUGCUGCAGAUCCCCCACUGCACUCCACAAGAACCCAGCCCAAUGCUAUUCCCCCCAGGAGGUCCCCACUCAACCCAACAAGGCCCUAACCCAAUGGUAUUGACCCCUCAAGUUCCCCACCCAACCCCACAAGAACCCAACCCAAUGCUGUUUCUUCUAUCAAAGCCCCAACCCCACAAGACUCCAAACUAAUGCUCUUCCUCAAUAAAUUCUCCCACCCAAUGCUGGAAGAAUCCAAUCCAAAUGCAUUCCCUACCCAUCCCCAGAAGGUUCAUGGCUACUCCCCCAACAAAAUCACGACCCAAUCUGACAAGAACCUAACCCAUACAUCUUCCAAUACAUAUAUAGCCAAACUCCACUCUUCACUUUCCAGUCUGAGGCCAACUCCAAACCCAGCUCUUUCAUGACUAAUUUCUAAGCUGCUUCCCGCAUGCCAGUUACUCUCACAAUCUUUAAAGCCUCACAUCCCAUGCUGCUGUAAUUGCCAUGCAUUCUGAGGUCCGAGGGUUUCUUGUACAAAUAACAUUGCAUUGAUUUACAUGCAUCUGCAUUAAUUUUUGUUGCAUUGCAUCAGCCUACAUUGUUUUGCUUUCCAUUGACUUGCCUGAAUUCGCAUUGCAUUGCCUGGGACUGCACAGUACUGCAUUGCAGCGUGGCUUCAAGCCUUACUGCAUCGUUUUGCAUUGCUUUUACUGGGUGUUCUUGCAGGCUCUCCUGUUGCAUUGCCUGGUGGUGCACCAAUUUAUACUGUGUUGUGCUAUGAAGUGCUAUAGAAACAGAAAAAUGUAGGCUUGGAAGGGACCUCGAGAGGUCAUCAAGUCCAGCCCCCUGGGCUGAGGCAGGACCAAAUAAAUCUAGACCAUCCCUGACAGGUGUUUGUCCAAUCUGUUUUUAAAAACCUCCAAUGAUGGGGAUACCACUACCUCCCUUGGAAGCCUAUUCCAGAAUACAACUACCCUGAUAGCUAGAAAGUUUUUCCUAACGUCUAACCUAAAUCUUGAUUGCUGAAGAUUUAUUUGUCUUACAUUUAUUAUUAUUAAUUAUGUUUAUUAUGGUAUUCUGUAGGACCAACCAAGGAUGGGGUCCCAUUGUGCCAGGUGCUGUACAAACACAGAAUAGCAGCCGUUCCCUGCCUGAAACAUUUUAUAGUCUAAAUAGACAGACACAAGGUGGGGGAAGGGGUAGAACGCACCAGCAGAGUGAACAGUAUGAUGGUGGCCAAUGGCGCAUUAAUGCCAUGAUUUUUUUAAGGUGGGUUUAAUUAGGAGGGGAUCAGCUAAAUGAAAGACAAGUGAAGGGACGUCGAACGGAAGGGAGGGGAGGGGGACAGUGCAGGGGAGAAGUGAGGCAGGUGUGAUGUGGAGUCAAGGUGAAGAGUCAGUGGGGGAGGGAAGGAGCGGGUUGGAGCAAACAGCCAAUCAGCACGAAGCAGAGAAAGUGCGGUUUGAACUUGAGAAAGUUCUGCAACUGUGUGAAGGUCCCUGCUUUGUACUGCAUUUGUUCACAUUGCAGAGACGCAUUGCAUGGUGUUAUGUGAGUGGAGCUGUGUGAAUAACUGAUUUGGGGGUUCACUGGCAGUUCUGAAUUUAAAAAAAAAAUCAUUUGGGGUUGACCUGAAACCAAAAUUUUUCAGAAUUUCUGGCAAAUCAAAAAUUGAAAAAUAUCAUUUCAGGUGAAACAAAACAAUUUGUUCAGCUUGAAAUAAAACAUUUUGUUCCAAUUUCAGGGGGCAUUUUUUUAAUGUUUUUGACAUUUUAAAAAUAAAAUUGAAGGAAAUUCUGAAACUCAAAGUCAUCUCAAUCCAAAAAAUUGAAACAUUUAAUUUCAAAAAUGUCAAAAUGAAAAUUUCAACAUUUGGGGGUUUUUUAAAGACUUUUGUUUUGAUUUAAACAAUUUGCCAGAAAAGACACGAAUUUGCUACGUUUCAAUCAGCCCAAAUCUUCAUUUUUCAAUGAAAGAAGUUUCUUCUGAAAAAAAUUCACCCAGCACGAGUGAUAACGAGCCAUUGCACGGCAUUGAGUUGCGUUGCAUAGUGGUUAGCCAUUCCAUUGGGUCGUGGUGCAGUGCACUGCAUUGUUUAUGAUACGUACUGUAUGAUGGAGCUGUUCCUGACAGCUGGGGAUUAACUUGAUGACCUGAGAAGUCUCUUCUAGGCCUAUGUUCCUAUGUCUUAUAUUGUUUUACCAAUGGUGUGCUGCUGCCCUACGUUCUGUGGUAUUUCUAUGUUUCACUAUAUCGAAGUACCUUGUAUCACAUUAUAUCACACUAGAUCCCAUUGGAUCACACUGCAUCUUGGGUUUAUUCCAGUCUGUCACAUGGUAUUGCAUUAAUCCGCACUGUAACAUAUUUUGUGGCAACACACCACCUAUUGUUUUGAGUUGUGCUGUCUAGCUUGAACAUCCAUCAUGCUUUGGCUUCUAAAUAAAACUUUUUUUCCAUAACA